CUUACUCCUUCCAAUUUUUCUUUCUAUCCUUUCAUCUUUCUCGCUGAAAUCCAAUUGGUAAUCGACGACGAUCUUCUGUUUUUCUAUUCAAUUUCCAGUGAAUAGACAAUGUUGAAGAGAGCCCCGCAUACAAAUCUACCUCGUGAUAGGAAGAGGAGGAAAAAGGAAGGGGAAGGCGUCUCCGGUGCGUUAGGUUUUGAUUUGUGUACAGAAGCGUCUGGAGUUGAAGGAAAACGAAAGAGUGGAGAAUUAAGCAUGACUGACAAGAGUGUUAAGCUUAAACAGAAGGAAGGGGCCGGAAAUUCGAAUGGUGUGGAUAUGACAGUUGAAUGCGUGGAUUAUGUCUCGCAAUUGCCCGAAACUGUCAUCCAUCUCAUCCUGUCUCUCCUUCGUAGUACAAAAGAUGCUGCUCGAACCAGUACCUUGUCGAAGAGGUGGAGGGACUUGUGGACCUCUUUCUCUGUUUUGGCAUUCGAUCAGUGCAAGUUUCAAGCACCAGAGGGAGUUAAAGAUAAGAAGACGUGCAAUGCGAUGUUUAAGGAGUUUGUUGACAAGUCUCUCCAAAGCCAUUUUGAACGUAAUUUGGGUAUAUACAAGCUUGUGCUGCAUUUGAAUUCGUUUGAUCAAGAUAUGGCUCAUCGUAUUGAACAGUGGGUUGGACUUGCAGCUGAAAAUAAAAUAAAAGAGAUUGGUUUCCAUGCAAGCGGCCACUACACGUUGCCUAGGAAUGUCUUUGCUUCGGAAACCAUAACUGGAUUAAGGCUAGAAGGCUGUAGACUGGAUACUUCUAGCAAUAUAACGCUUCCUUAUCUGCAAAAGCUAUAUCUGCGAAAACUUCCUCUUGAUCAGUCGAUAAUUAUGAAUCUCAUUACUAGCUGCCCUCAAAUUAACGGUUUGAGACUCAUACUUUGCACGGGGUUAAAUCAUCUGCAGAUUUCAAGUCUCCUUCAACUUUAUCGGGUAGAGGUACACUACUGCCAUGGACCAGCUUUGAUUGAAAUCAAAGCUCCAAGUCUUGAAACAUUUUGGUUUUGUGGGAAGAAAAACAUGCCCUGCAAAAUUAACUUGGCUGAAUGCGAGUCUCUGAAAAGACUGACGUUAGAGGACAGUGGAAUGACAGACAACCAGUUUCGUGAUCGGUUCUUUAUGUUUCCUCUCCUGGAGAAACUGGAUCUACAUAAAUGCCUUAACUUGAAAAAUAUAAGAAUUGCAAGCCAUCGGCUGAAAAGGCUAGUCUUAAGAGGUUGCAAGAAGCUAGUGGAUGUUGAAAUUGAUACUCCUAAUCUUCUUUCGUUCGAGUAUGAAGGUGAUGAAAUGCCCUUUUCCUUUUUGAAUCCUAUAAGUUUAAAGGAGGCCAAGUUUUCAUUUGCACCAGUGAAAAACGUCAUAUCUGAGCCUGAAUGGUUUCUCAAGAUGCGAGAAUUUCUUGGAAAGCUGGAUCAUAGAAACUUUAAACUGGUUGUUUACACCAAUAAGGUUAUUCCUUUUAUUAUUAACAAUUGCAACUCAUUUUUCGCUUCUCAUAAUUUAUCUUAUCUUACAUGCCUUCAUUGGCCAAUCCAGAAUGUCAUCAUCCAUGAAAAUCUUAGAGAAACUUCACCCCCUCCAAACUGUGGUCUGAAAUUUGAACUAGUCCAAUCAUCAACUAUUAGAUGGUUCAUUGCAGAAACGGCAGCUGGAGACCGUCUAUAUUUUCGUCUUCCGGCAGUGAAUUCCUCAAGGUAUGGUAGUUUCCUUGCAUACAUUUUGGUAAUUGCUACCCUAUUACAUUAUCUGUAAUUUGUAUACUGUUGUUGACCCUAGAAACUACAAAGCCUACGUGGCGCGCAGGCCGAGUAAUUAAUAAGCUAACUACGUCCUUCGGUGAAUGCAGGGCGUACCAACUCGUCGGCCGAGCUCGGUCGAGGA